UUGUCAGGUUAUAGAAUUAAUUUCCAAAGAUGCAGUUCAAAUUAUUCCCAAAAGAGAAAAUUAUAGACUCUUUCUUGUGCAAACACAGACAAAAAUUUUAUGGAAACCUUCACAUAACCAACAUGAGAAUCAGUUUUAUAAAAGAGGAAGAUGAAAGCCAAGCUGACUCUUCUGGUAAAGGUCAAGCAAAAUUUUCAAUGCUUGAUAUCCCUCUUUCAGAUAUUGAGUCAGAAGAACAAAUUCAGUCAAAAGUUCAAGAAACAAGAGCAAUUAUGUUAAUAAAUGCUAAAAAGAAGAACUAUACCUUCUCGUUUGAAGGGAGCUUUUUUGCAAAGAAUGUUGAAAAGGUAACAGAAACUAUCAAGCAAGCUAAAGCUGCCUUCGAACAAAUGGAAAUGGGUCCGCAAGAAAUGACAAAGCUAACAAAGCUGAUGGGAACUCCUCAUCUCAAAGAUCUAUUCGAUGAACUUGUCAAGUCUGGACAGAUUUCAGAAGAUGAGUUUUGGGAUACAAUAGCUGACAUUAAGUAUCUCUCAAGGAAAGAGAAUGAAGCUCAAAUGGAUACAGGAAUACGAUCAGCUUCGAACCCUCUCUUAGUCUUUUCAAAUAACAAGAUCUUGGACAACAGUACUGCUGAAAUCAAUUUCAAAGAAUACGAUGCGAUCAGACUCCUCAAUGAGUACCCAAAGCUUAAAAAGCUUUAUGAACUCAAAGUAUCAGACAGUGAGGAGUCUGAGAAAGAUUUUUGGGAUUAUUUCCUUAAAAAGAACUUUGAAUACAAAAGUGAAAUCUUUGGAGGAGAAAACCCCGUUUAUAUUGGCUCUGAUGAGCGAGAUGAGAAGAACUACGAAGACAAGCACAUUAACAUUGAUGUAGUCAUGCAAGCAGAUGACAAUGAAGAGGAAAUUAAUGAAAAGAAUAAGGUUAUGAAUAGACUAAGGAAAGCUGACAAAUGUGUCAAUUUCAUUCUCAAUAAAGAUGACGAAGCCAGACCUGAAGGCUAUGGAGACUUUCAACCCACUCUUAACGCAGAAAUAAGAGCUGGAGAAGAGGAUGAGGAAAGAGACAUUAAAAAACUUAAGAAUCUUGAAAAAGAAGAAAUAGAAAUGGAGAAGCUGAUGAUGAAGUAUAAUAAAUACAGUGAAAGAAUUCUUAGCAAGAAUGCAAAUGAUGAAAUAGCAGACAAAGAUAUUGAAAGAUAUCAGGGUAAAGACAUCGAGGUGAGCAAUGAUUCUGAAAGUAUGGGAAGAAGAAAAUAUAACUCUGCACUGAAUCUUGAUAGCGUCAAGAAAGUAUCUAAAUCUGAACAAGAAGAGAAUCUCAAAAGCAUUAAGCUUUUCUCUCAGAAUAUAAAAGAUUCAAGACCUUUAUUCUCUGACUUAAGCACUUGAAUUUCUGAACCAAAGAAGGCAAAAGCUGAUCUUGAAGAAAUGACAAUGAAGUCAUACAGACUAACUUUAAGAGUUAAUAGUGAUGACAUUGAGAAGAAUAUUCCACCAAAGGUCUUACAAAGACAGCAGUAUUAUCAAAAUAAGGUUGACAAACUCCUUGAACUGUUCUACAAUAUGCUCCCAAUUGACGAACAAGAUAAAGCCCAACUUAAAAAGAUAGAGACUAUAAAGCAGGUGAUUUUGGAGACAGGUAGGAGUGUCAACAAGAUCAGGAAUACAUUAAGAGAGAACAAGGCUAAUUCUAAAUAUGCAUCAGUCUAUCUUGGAAUGAUCGAGAGUCUGAAAGUUGCUGUAUCUAUCACCAGAAAUCUCCAAUAGAUUACGAAGUUUUACUGAUUGGUAAAUUUUAGUUGGA